CAGUCUCUCUAUGAGCGUGGACGAGGCCGCUGUGGCAGAGGGGCUCUGGCGCGGGGCGAUGCGUGGCAGGCUCAGUCCUCGCGGAGCCACGGCGGAGCGCGUACGAGACUAGCCGCUCGCCAUCACCCAGUGCACGCUUCUUCAGGAAUGGAUCUUGUGCUUCAGCUUUACUUCGACGAGAUUGAUAUCCACUCGAGAAGUUACGCGGGUGUACCUAAGUGUCUUGUGUAGAUCAUCCGACAAACAAAGCUAUUAAGAUAAGAGAUUCUAUAUUUCUUUAUAGAGAGAAUACUAUUACUACUAUUACUACGGAAAAGAAGAAAAACAUACAAGUGUGUAUCGAUUAAUCACAGUGCUUCCCAAGGGAUUUCUCAAUAUUGUAGUGCCAUGUGCAGCAAAUCAAAAUAUUCUUAGAGACGCAUCUGACGAGCUGACAAAAGAAAAAUUGUCACCCGGAGCAGCUCACGCAAAACUGCCUCCCAAGUGCCCACAUUUUCUGGAUCUUACUUCUCCUCUUAAGGUGUGUUCCAACAUGCUGGUGUGCCCGGGGUGCCAAGUCGGCCUGUCCGCAGCGGUGACGACCUUGCAGCCUUCCGUGCAAGCGACAACGAUGCCUCUGCUGCACCACACGACCCUGCCAGCCCAGCAGCCGUUGAGCCCCGCCGCGCAGCAGUCGCCAUCCCUGCCUGCCAUGCAGUCAGCAACCCUUCCUGUGGCACAGCCCGCGCCUCUUCCAACCCUGCCAACCACCGCCCAUUCAAGGCAAAGCCCAGCGUGCCCGUCUCCCAUGGGCGCAGCGCCGUGCCUCACCUCGGCGGGGCACUGUCUGCCAAACGCCCACUUCAUUCCCGGCGUCCAAGCGCCUUACGUGUGCGGUCGGAUGUUCCAAGUGCCAAACGUGAGUGGGCUGGCGCCAUGUCUGAGCCUGCCACACAAUGCCUGCCACGUGCUGUGCUGCCUGGCGUGUCCGCACGCAUGCCCUAGUCUGCGGACUUGCGCAGCCGCACACAAGUUCUCCAGCUGCCUGGCGUCGGAAGUGCGAAACAGCCUUCACACUUCUGGCGGAGGCUUAGUUGACGGCGAGAAAGACCGCAGUGUCUCGCCGGACACGAAGAUCAAUUACCCCGUCAGCCUGAACCCCUUCAAGAUGGCCGAGCCCGUCACGCCCACGAGACAGUGCCCGGGGUCUCCUGGGGCGUGCGAAAGUGCCUGGACCGCCGCGGGAGACAGUCGCGUGCUGCUCAAGACCCGGCACGACCUGGAGGAGAGCGGCUGGUACUACGGGCCCCUGUCCUGGCAGCAGGCCGCAACGCUGCUGAAGGACACCCCCGUGGGCACCUUCCUGGUGAGAGACUCGGCGAGCCCCCAGUGCCUCUAUUCUCUCAGCGUCCAAACUGCCAACGGGCCGACGAGCGUCCGCAUCCACUACUCGUGCGGCAAGUUUAGGUUAGACUGUACGGGUCACAGCCAGAAGCACAUGCCCGAGUUCAGCGGCGUGGUGGAGCUGGCGCAGCACUAUAUUCACGCGAACUCUUCGCAAGUGUGGGUAGACCACGAAGGAAAGACGUUUAGCCCUAUUAAUAUCAGACAGCCCUUGAGACGGAAGGCCCCUUCUUUGCAGCACCUCUGCAGACUCUCGUUCAACGCUUCCGUCUCGAAAGAGGCAAAAAAGGCGCUUCCCGUCGCCCUUCAGGGAUACCUGGACAGUUACCCCCACACGUGCUGACCCCUUGGAGUUGCCCUCAAGCAGCCGUCCUUGAUUUCGUGGAGUGAUCAGGGGGCAGCGGACUGGCGUCGAGCUCGGCGCCUCUGAUACAAAGGGAACCGCUGGCCUCCCGACGCAUUCUUUGGGUGCCAAAAAGGAGAAAUAAAAAAAACUUGACACUUAUUAUUUAAGAAAA